CGUGCAGGAGUGACUUUCCCUUAAAGGUAGAGUUACCGCUGGAUGUCGCCCACUCCUCAACUCACUGCUUGACUCUGGGAACACAAGCUUCGAGCUCUCUUGUGAACACACAUAGUCGACAUGAUUCUGCUCUUUCUUCUCUCUGUCUUGGUGACAGUGACAUAUGUACAAGCUUCUUCACAAUCUUUCAGCACCUGCGCUGUAACACUCUGUGUGACGAACUCUGUCUGUCGUGAAGUACUGAACACAACUUCUGGUGUGAUUUCUGCAGUAUGUCUCGAUCCUACUUUGUAUCCGGUGUCGACACACGAUAAGGUGUGCACUGAUGGUCAGCCUCUAUGGGUGGUCAGUCCCACGGGAGGUUACUCUCAGGCGGCGUGUGGGCGAGUGGUUGACAGAACCACGUGUCCUAACGGCUACAGGUGUGUCAUCGCACCCAACGACGCCUACUCCCUGUGCUGCCCUGCACCUGUAAAGAGUGGGCAGUGUCCAGUGCUGCCACCUGACAGCAGUGGAAUCUGUGCCAGCAACUGUCAGUCAGACAGCGACUGUGAUGAUGACCUCAAGUGCUGCAGGAACCCUUGUGGCGCCCUCACCUGUCAGUCACCUGAUGUCACCACUGCCGUCACCUGCGAGCUUGUUGACUGUCAACCUGACAAAAUUUGCAUAGACACUCCCACCGGACCGGAAUGCGUAUUUCCCAAAAGAGAAGGGAAAUGUCCAGCUCCUCGUAUCUCUGGAGGUUACCCAGGAUGCCAGUCCAGAUGUCACAAAGAUGCGGACUGUCCUUUUUCCAGAAAUGCUGCCCCGUCGGUCCAUUUGCGUGCGGGAGAGAAUGCAGGGACCCAGAACCAAGCAAAACCUGCAAAAAUACUAAAUGUCUAGCGGGACAGACGUGCAUCAUGGUUCAGCCCCAGUGCAUCCGGGCUCCUUGUUUUCCUCAGCCCUUCUGCACUGACAGAGAACUGACGUGUCCCAUCUUUCCUGCUUACAUCGAUCCGAACUGUGUUUAUCGUGACCAGUGCCGCAGCAACACCCAGUGUCCCAAGGGACAACUUUGCUGCUCAACGCCCUGCGGCCAGAGAUGCUUGACCCCUCGCUAGGGGUCAGCAGAUGACCAGCAGCAUGAGGACGAGCAUAUGUCGGGCAAAUGACACGAGCUACCAAUGGUGUUUAGUUUUGACCGACGAUGACAGUCAGCGUCAACACAGUCAUCCGCUUUUUCAUAAACAACCAAGGAAAAAAAAACAAUUUACUGUAUACAUAAAAACCUGAAACAAACAUAGGAGAUGAUGAACAAGACUUCAAAGUCUUUACCGUGCAUAAAACUAACAGACACAUUAACGGUUUAACAUUAACAUUUUCUUCAUCAAAUGCGUGUCGGACGGUAAUAUAAGAUGCUGUCAUUUAUCAUAUAAUGAAAUAAAUGUCCAGAAAGAAAGAAAUCUUUUGUAGGGCUUUAGAUAUGUCUAAAUGAGACAGCAUUUGGUUUCCGGAUGAUGACCACAGGAACAAAAAACAAACUGUUUAGCUCCGCUUUAUUCCUGUACUUUGUGUGUCUAGUACUAAAAGAUUAAAACAGUCGUAAAUGUUU